AUGGAGGCCAAACGGACAUGGCAAAGCAUGUAUAAAUUUCCGACAGAAAUUGGUGUAAUUGCUUGUACACAUAUAGGAAUCGUGAAACCAAAUCGUCAUGGAGAUGAGUAUAUCAACCGAAAAGGGAAACCUACUUUAAAUGUGCAAUCCACUUGUGAUGCCAGUUCACAAGUGUUGAUGCCAGUUAGCCUGGAUCAGUGCAUGGUUCCAGAAUAUGGAGAAAUUCACAGACUACAUCACAAUUAG